AUGCGUGGGAAAAGUCCUCGACGACAAGUGAAGUUCACAGACUUUAAGGGUAAGAAACACUUGGCUUACAGCUUUAUUUUCCUGCCUACUAGAUGUGGGGAGUCUUCAUCACUUGUAACAUCGCAGCAUAUCCAAAAUAGGGAUAUCAGAACUCAUUGUGAAAGCCUUCCGUACAAGAGGGCAGAUCUGUUCAGCAGACUUACUUUGAUCUUGAGUAACAGAGAAAAGCCUUCUGUGGUGAUCAUUUAUAAUGAGCUAGUUAGUCCAACCAAUCAGCCCGACACCGCCGCUGCUUACAUCAAUGCCUUCUUCAGCGCCGAAACGCGAGGAAAAAUACCAAACAUUAUACAACCCUCCUUUCUUGGAGGCGCUAAAAUGGUCUUAACUAACGCCGUCUACUUCAAAGGCAUUUGGAAAUACCCGUUCAAGUCUCAAAGUACCCACAAGGAGUUUUUCGUAUCCCCGAAACAGUCUGUCGAAGUGCAUAUGAUGUCGCAAACGGGAAAUUUCAAAUAUGGUAAUUGGACUCGAAGAAGUUUCGCGCCAGUGCUGGAGAUGCCCUUCAGGGGCGACAGCGCGUCCAUGGUGGUGCUCCUCCCGCGAUGUGGAAGGGGAUCCAAGACGGUUGAAUGGCUGGUCCGACGCCUGAAGCCCAAGAGACUCGCUUUUGAGUUAAAGGCGAUGCGCUUCGUCCCGCUGACUGUGAAGUUUCCAAAAUUCAGCGUGGAGACUACUCUCAACGAUGAACUCAUUUCGUUAUGUUUGAAUUAG